AGCGGUCCUUCCUAUGGGGAGACUUGAGUGGCGGGGCCGAGAAGCUGGGGCUGGUUGCCUAGCAACGGUGGGGCUGGUCGGGCCUGGGCCCAAAGCUGGCCGGUGAGACUGAGGACCACCGUGUGGUGGAAGGUGUUUCUUCCACCUAGAUACGCCAUGACAAAAUCUGGCCAAAUUUAUGAACUUGUGAGCUUUAUUGGGAAGAAUCAAUCAUUGGGGAGCGGUAUUGAAGUUCCAAUAAUGUGAAUGCAUGAAGUGUUACUGAAGAUACUUGAUUUCGCCACAAUGGAGACUCUUCUUCCCUUCCUCAGGCAGAUAUAUGAUGAUGUGUUGGUGGGUGCAGCUUUAGCAAAAGAUAGUCACGAGUGUGCAGCUCUUCUAACUCCUCAUUUUCCAUCAAAAGAUUUAUCAACAAAACCCAGUGAACUAUUUCCUAAACCUGAUGCUGACAUCUUUAGUAUAAAUGAUAAACGAGAGGCUUCUGAAGAUAAGAGCCACUCAGAAUACUGUGCAAAGGAAAUUAUUUUGCUUCAGUUAACUUUGAUCAGGAUGAUACUUAACAAGGUGCAAUCCCGAGAGCUGGCAGCUGGAAUAAAACAGAAAUAUCUUGACAUUAUUAGAAUUCUUCUGAAGGAAGCCAACAUUGAUACAAAACUAAUUUAUCUGUUAUGCAGCUCGGAUAAACAGCUCUCUCACAUGGCCUCCAAAAGCUUGGUCUCCCUCAUAUAUUUUCAACUAACAGAAGAGGGUUCACUGAAUAGUGCCUGGCUUGCCUUUGCUUCAGAAACUUUGUUGGGUUUUCCCAGUAGCCGUUGGCUAGCGGAAUGCUUGUGGGCUUUUACAGACACAGUUAGAGAAGCUUUAAAAGAGGAAGGCUUGUGCAAAAAAGGAGACCUGAAGGUGAUUCUCAGUCCACUGGACAAGAUUCUGGAAGGCAUUUACAACUCUGUUCUGUCUUACUAUUCUGAUCUUCCUCAAGACAUCACGACGUCACCAAAAGUCACAAAUGGCUUGAGCAGUUUCCUAGACCUCUUAGAACUGCUUGUGGCUUCCCGAAUUCACAUGCCACUGAACUAUUCCUGCCAAAGGAUGAUGUUUUUAAAUGCUGCUUGUGUCCUGGAACUUUCCACUGCGCCUGUUCAUUAUUUGAUCAAGAAGAAAUCGAUUAUGUUGCUCAAAAAAUGCAUUCUUCAGAAAGCUGGUGAAGAUGUCAUUAAGAAAAAGAGGCCUUCUCCUUCCCACGAGGACCCCCAUUUUGACGCUGAUAGAUUAGCGCUCGCUGGUGCUGUUCUGCAAUUUGUGAAUUCUGGGUGGCUGAACAGGUUGUCUGUUAGUGGAAAAGCCAACCAUUUUGGCGGAAGUCAAGUUAAGCCUGAAGUGGACAUAGGUCAUAAUUCUGAUCAAGUGACUUUAAGAGCUUUAAGUCUGCUUCUGCUUAAAGCUUUAGAGAUCAAAGUCCAGGAUUCUUCUUCUGAAGCUGACAUCCAAGUUCAACUGGAGAGUGUUAUGGGGUCACUGUUGAGAUUUUUGAAAAAGUACCUGAGGUUUCCUCCACCUGGGCACCUGUUUGAACAUCCUUGCCUUUGGGUUUCUGUGCUCUUCAUAGAACAAGAUGAUGACCUUCUGGAAGCUGCAAAAGCGUUAUUAACAAUUCAUUUGAAAUUGGAGAGAUUCCAGCAUGCAGUUGGCGUCACGUUAUGCCAUUCGGAUGGUGAAGCCCAAGACAUUCUGACGCAUCGUAAUGGUUGCAACCCUCAUUGCAUCUUUUUAUUUCUGCUGAAAAGUAUUGCAUUUGAUGCCUCCGUUCUCCUCGAUUUCUUGAUUUCAUUUGAAACCUGCUUCCUGGAGUAUUUUGUAAGAUACUUAAAACUUCUCGUAGAAGAUUGGCAUCGGUUUGUUGAGAUUGCUAAACACCUGGAACCUGGAACCAGUGGAGAUUCCCAUUUUUCUCUGGAGUGCUUGCCCUGCCAUGAAGGAAAUGCUUACCAGUUAGAUUCAAAUUUAAAAAUUAUUUUAUCAGAACCACAGUCCUAUACUACGGAGGUUUUGAACUCCUCCCAUACAUUGUCUUCACCGCAACCUAUUGAUCAUCAAAUGGUAAAACCCAGCAUGUCUAAUUUUUUGCCAGUAUCUGACAAUCCUGUUUUGCCAGGAUCCCUUCAGAGGUUGGUUGAUUAUGAAAGCUCAGAAGAUUCUGAGCCAGAAUGGGUCGGAGAGAAUCAUUUGACAGACGCAAACCCAACGUCUUCAGAUAACCAAACCUGUUCAGGUGAGACCCUUCUUACAGAAACUGAUGACCAAGCAGGACCCUCAGAGGAGGACAUGUUGAACGUCCCGUCACCCUCUCAUUGCAAAACAUCCCCAAAUAACUCUGGAUCAGCAGAAGGAAUGCUUCGAAAAGCUGUGACAUGUUUCCAAGAAUUGCAAGACUUGAUUUCUAGGCUUCAUGGAAGAAACCUCUUCCCGUACAAUCCAAGUGCACUCCUGAAGCUCUUGGUUCGGGUUGACACAACGAGCAACAAGCACCUCUCUAUUUCCAAGAGGUUGUAAUCUAUGGACAUGCAAUGCCCACCUUUCAGUCUACCUCUGCCCACUUACUCACAUUUGAAAGAAUGCUUCCAAACAAUUAAAAGUGCCCUGAAACAUAUGAUCAAAGGGAUACUCUUUUGAAUUUGUCUGCCUAUUAUAUGGAAUUCGGUCCAAACAGUUGGGAAAGAGAGUUUAAGUAUGAAUCCACUGAUGCAUCAAACUGCCAAAAAGUUUGCCUGAAGGCUGUAUUCUUGUUCCUGGCAUGUUUGGCGAGGAUCUCUGGGGAAGCCUUUUUGAUAUACAGAAUAAAACCCACAAUGUUGUCCUUGCUGCUGUACUGACUCAAUAACAUCCCAUUACCCUAUAAGGGAUAAUCAUCCUGAAUAAGAAUAGCUGCUUGCUAUUCUAAAAGAAAAAAAAAGAUCAGGGUAAGUGUGUGUUCCAUCUCUGUUGAGUGGGAGUGUGAUGUCAAAUUAGAGGAAAUCAUUCUGAAAAUUAUCAUUAAAAAAAGGUUUAGAAACAUGUAGGUUUCUUUCUGUCUCCCACAUUUCAAAAGGAUGGAAGUAUUUCAAAUUUUAGUUGAAUGCAGACCCCCAAACAUAUAUCAUGGUCUAGCAGAGCAUGUUUUGAUUGUAUUCCGGCACUGAGACUUGAUGGCAUUGUAGGGCCCUUCCAACUUCACUUUUCUAUGAUUCUAUGAAACACUUUUAUCACAGUCCUGUUUUCAACAGUGUUGACAUCUGAUUGUCAUAUACCUGGGAGGCGGCAGAACACGGCCCAAGUUGGCAUGUGUUUUUCUGGUGGGUCAGAUUAGAAGUACAUACGUAGUUCAUUUAACACACAUUUUAUCCAUUGUGUUUAACACCUUGGACAGGUGAAUCGUGAAUUUUGGGUGUGUGCACGCACGCACACCCACCACCAUUUCUCUGUAGUCUGCCAUGGGGCGCUAGUGAAUUGCCAUCCUUGUCCCCAGAGUCCCUUGAGGAAACACAAGGUGAGUGAUCCUCACAACUCCCUGUUUCCUGUUGGGAGCUGGCAAACCAACACGUGAGACCAGCACUUCCUUCCCAGUAUAGUUGUUGUGAAGCUGAAAACCUCUCUUUUCUCCCAAGAAGGCAUGAAAAAUUUUGCUGCAAUAGGAGUCCUCCCUUUCACAGCAUUGCUCUGGUGGAGAGUGGCUUUAAUCAUACCCCCAUCCCAGAGGUUUUGUUCAGUAUCACUCUGAUGGAGGCAAUGCUAAAUCUUUAUUUAUUCUAUUUUAUUUAUAUUCCCCCUCUCUGGUCUUGCGACCACUCUAGGCAAAAAAAAAUUCCCUUUUUUUGCUCCAAUAAUCUGGGAUGAGGUGUCUUCUCUGUUUAGAUAUGUGUGCGCAUGCAUGCAUGCAAGCGGGUGGGGGGAAUGUUCCAUAGCAGGAGUCCAGUUCUUUCUCUAGCCACCCGAAGUUUCCCAUCUCUUGCAUAAUCAUGGAAUAAUUGAGUUGGA